CACUACUUUCGAAUCGAAACAAACAUGGCCGCAUGGCCCGGUGACAGUAUCGCAUCCGAUAACCGCGCUCAAAACAAUAAAUUAACAAGCUUCCUAAAUGCUGAAUUUAAUUUAAAUGUCGAUAAUGGUAGCUACGCGUGUGAAGUGCCAGAGUUUAAGUAUGAUAAAGUGAUUCAAAGCGAAGUGACAUCGGAAAGCGCAAUAGUUUCCAAGGACGGGAAUUCGGAGAAAUAUGAAAGAUUGUUACCCCAAAAUGAGACUGAGAAAAAAAUCGAAAUGGACCCGGAUAAGAAGAGGAAAUCAGAUGACGCUCGAUACAAGUGCGAAUACGACGGCUGCGAGCGCACUUACAGCACCGUCGGAAAUCUGCGCACGCACAUGAAAACGCACAAAGGUGAAUACAGAUUCAAAUGUUCCAUGCCGUCGUGCAACAAGGCAUUUCUCACUUCGUACAGUUUGAAGAUACACGUCCGGGCGCACACGAAAGCGAAGCCGUUCGCGUGCACUAUCAGCGGCUGCAGGAAGGCAUUUAAUACUCUAUACAGAUUGCGAGCUCAUCAGCGACUGCACAGCGGGGACACGUUCAACUGCCAGGCGGAAGGAUGCACGAAGUUCUUCACAACACACAGCGAUUUGAAGAAACACAUACGGACGCACACGCAGGAGCGGCCUUACAAAUGCGCUCGGGAGGGCUGCGGCAAGUCGUUCACGGCCUCGCACCACCUCAAGGCGCACGCGCGCACGCACGCCCGCCCCGCGCCCGCGCCCGCGCCUCCCCCCGCCACCGCACCGCCGCGACACACGCAGGUCGAAACGGAGCCGUUUCUAAAAUUCCCCGCCAAACCGCAACCAACGGACGGCAUGAACUGGGAAGGCCUCCUCGAAUCCUUCGGCAGAAUCACCACAGAGUCAAACUCCACAGACGGCAGCCUCGAAGAUAUCCACACAGUCGACCCUCUCACGACCACCAGUGUAGACAUAACCGACUUAUUAUUUGACAACGCCAACCCUAACACUUCAGACUACGACCUUAACUUACAGUUUGACAAAAAGAAGGAAAACUCCUGGACUAAUCUACAACCUACGCUUAUUGAAGGCAAAAGAAAAGCUAUGCAACUGGCUUUAGCGAAUGAAAUCGAAGUACAAGCCCCGUGGGUCGAUGUGAGCGCUUUAGCGGCAUCCAUUUCAGAAACUCCGAUUAGCAUUAAAGAAAAAACUCCUGAAAGCAUUUUCACAAUGGCAACUUUUGUACCAACCCAUAUGCAAAGCUAUAUUGAUUUAAAUCCUGAAACUGCUAAUGUAAUAACACAAAGUGCCUUUGAUUUGGCUUCUCCAAACAUUUUAGAUGUAGCUGACAAAGUUUUUAAUGAUAGCGAGCUGGUCUCGAAUCUAUCUUCAACUAAAAUUGAAGAAGACAUUGAAAGUUUCCUAAAAGAUGACAGAUCUUUAAAUACUCCACCACCUUGCAGAGUUCGUCAGAAUAUCGAAAUAAAUCCGGCCAAUUCAGUACUCUUCAAUUCUGAUUUAGAUUUAGAAGACACAUUGCUAUUUGACAAUGAACCUUUAUCAGACAUGUAUGUGGUAAGAACUGAGAAUAUAUUUGGAAAAGAAAUAGCCAAGAGAAAUGCAUUGGCACAAUUAGCAGCUGACGCUGGAAUUUGCAAUUGCAUGACAUGUGAAUGUGAUCCUACAUUAGGAGAAUGUAGGGGCGACUGUCAAAACAAAGAACCAGAACCAAUACAACCAGAGAAACGUAAAUGCCCAGUGGAUACUUGUGAUUGCGACGAAGAUUGCCAAUGUGAUCAUGAGGCUAUGAAAUGUGCUGUUGGUUGUGGUAAAGCUACUGACACAAACCAUAAUACCUUCUUGGACUACCAUCGGAGACAUAAACUGACAAGUUUGGAAGAACUAGGAGUAUACACCGUUCAUGACGAAGAUAUACCAACAGAAACCUUCAUUGAGCAAUUAUCUUGUGCUUGUAAAGAACCUACAUUCUCUAAUGUUAAUAAGAAAUCAGACGACUUUUCAGAAAAUAACAAUUGGGAAACUGGUUGUCAAGACUCUCAAACUUAUGAAGGCAAGAAAGAGUCAGUGUGCCAGAGCAAGAAAAAAUCCACUUGUCAGGGUAAAAAGGAAGCCGCUAGGCAGAGCAAAAAAGAAUCUUGCCAGGGCAAGAAAGACUCUCCUUGUGAGAGUAAAAGUGGGUCCACUUGCGAAAGCAAAAAAGAAUCUACUUGCCAAGGUAAGAAAGAAUCUACUUGCCAAGGUAAAACAGAAUCUGCUUGCCAAGGUAAGAAAGAAUCUACUUGCCAAAGUAAGAAAGAGCCUUGUCAGGGUAAGAAAGAGUCUACUUGCAAAAGUAAAGAUUCUUGUAGCAAUAACCAAUGUUCAGGUAAUGGAGGUUGUUCAGAUACUUCCAAAGAUAAGUGUUGUGUUACAAUAUGCAUUAAGAAGUUAGAAGCAUUCAAGCAGUUUUUGUCAGACCAUGAACUACUGGGUGCCUUGAAAGCGCACAAUUUGGAUUUGACUUCGAUGUGAUGCAUUUAAUUUUACAUUGCCUCCAGUUCUUUUCGCUUACAUUUAACAAUGCAAUAUAGAUUUUAGGUAAAAUACCAAGAAUUUAAAUGAUGCUUUUAACAAAUGUUGCAAAUACGGCUAUACACAAUUUCUAAUAGGGUAUUUGACUACUAGUCAAAUCAGUUUCGUUUAUCGAACUGUCAAAACGAUUUUGCUACUAUGAAUAUUAUAUGAAACACUAGCUUUGACGUCACAAUCAAAUUACCUACUUUUUAUAGUUUUAUACGGGUUUUAAAAUAAAAAUUGUGUCUAUAAAUAACUGCUGUCUACGUUUCUCUAUUAUUCUUCUGGUGCUUUAUUUCAUGCAUAGUCUAAAAUAAUUUAUUUUAAAUACAGUCAAAUACCCUAUUGGUAUUUUCUUUGUAUGUUAGAGAAAAUUAUGGAAUUAGCUGCAUUAAAUUGCAAAUUUAGGUCAAUAUUAAGUCACAAGCAUGAUACAUGCCCUAAGUUUAGGCCUAAAACGGGUUUAUUUUUCAAUGUGUAUUGGCCUUAUUAGUGUUAUAUGACUCGACAGUCACAAAACUAAAAAUAAACUUCAGUUUUUAUACAAUUGUGUGAUAUUAAGUGCAAUAAUACGCAAAUAUGCCUUGUCAUUGUCACAAUACUUUUAUAAAUAUUUAUCUAGUAUAUUGAGUAUAUUAAUACCAAAUAUGUGCUGUCAAUAUCAAGUUUUAUAGUACAUGUUGUUAUUGUUAUGUAUUUGUAGUUUAUUAUGAAAUGUCAUUUUUGAAAGAUAUUUUACAUCUGUAUUAAAAAUAUAUUAUAUUUCUACUCACUUUAUGCAGAAAAGUGAUGCCUUUUAAAUGUUGUUACUGUACUUAAUUGUUGUGUAUAAAAAUAUACUGUGUUGGAUUUACGAGAUUUUAAUACUUUAAGUGUAACAAGCAAUAAUAAUGCCAUAACUCUAGUCUGUGUAGCAAAUAAACGCUUUUUAGAAA